AUGGGCAAGAAUCGGCUGGCCCGAUGGGUUCUGUGCGUCGGAUUGUUGAUUCUACUGUAUUUGCUGCUACGAUCUGGGGGGAAUGCGGAAACGGAACCAUGCCACCAAGCCCUGCUCUCCUUGAACAUGACGGCCGUCGGGCUCGUCAUCGUCGACCCAGUUUUCCUCUCCGAAUUCCACCGUAACUGCCAUGCCAUUCCGCGAUACCCCCUGAUGACGAUGAUUGCAAAAGAUUCGGGGCAUACCGUAACUCGAGAGCUACUCAAGCUUUUUCGUGUGCUGCCAUACACCGAAAAUGACGCCGAAGAUUUCAUCCAGGUCCAGGACAAUCGCACGUUUAGAUUGCUCCCGAAAAGCAUUAUCUACCAUCAAAUCGGAAGCGUGAAAUUGCCGGCGAAUAUUCCGCAAUUCCUCGAAUUCUGGCAUCGAAGCCGUGAAAUUGAAUGUAAAAACGUGCUACAACGAGAUGAAUCGGAGACAAAUCGAACAUAUCCCCUCGAAGCGAUUGAAGCACUGGCCGACAUUCGGGAUAUUAUCAUCAAUUAUGGGGCAUAUCCAUUUCUGCAGGGUGGCACGUUAUUGG